AUGGAUUCAGCAACGCAUAUAAUAGAGGAUUUUGCUGAGAUGACACGCAUUGAUCGUGACUUCAUGUUUGGCCUGAGACUUUUGCACGGUAAAGAAAAUGACGAGAGGUGCCUGACCAGACCCGAGUUCACCCUAUCUGAGUUCUAUCGAUUACCGGUAGGUGGGUCUGAGUCCGGAGCUUGGGAGACGGUUUUCGGUCCUGUUCUGUCCUGA